AUGGCCUGCGCUUUUGCUGAUCUGGUCUUUGAAAUCGAGAGCCUUGAAAUGCUGGUGGAGCAGGAACUGCCGGAGCCCAAGGAGGUGAAGCCUUAUGAGCUGCUGGUCGAGGGGCAGGAACCAACCAACUCCUCGCGGGGUUCACUGGCAAGGCCACUGCGAACUACCCCAACGGUGAGGUCUACUAGGGCCAGUUUGAAAAACGGCCAGAGGAACGGCCGUGGCAAGUACACCUACGCCAACACCGACCGCUAUGAGGGCGAGUUCCGCCAUGACAAGAAGCACGGAAUCGGCCGGAUCUGGUACGCGGACAAGAGCGAGUACUACGGUGACUGGGCCGAGGGUCAGAAGGAAGGUGAGGGACUAUACACCUACCCUAACAAGGAUGUCUACUCAGGGCAAUGGCACCGGGGCCUCAAGCACGGACAAGGCACCUACGUGUUCAACGACAGCAUGCGUUUGAAGGGCCGUUGGCACGAGGGCAAACUGGUCGAGGGCCAGUGGCUGUUCCCGAACGGCACUUACUUCGAAGGCAAGUUCGAGCACAACAAGCCUGUGGGGACUGGAGAGUGGGUAUUCGCGAACGGUAACCGCGUGAAGGGCAGUUACGACCAGAUGAUCGUGCCCCUGGAGGACGGACAGGCCUCCCCCCAGCCCAACAUCCGUCUGGACUGGACCCAGGCCCAGGCAUGA